AUAGUACAUGAUCGCAGAGGAGCCGCUUGAAACCCAUUGAAAGUUUCUCCGCCAMUUAACUUUAGUCUUUCUUUGUAUUAAAUAUACAUUUAGACUUUUAUAACACAAAGGAGACGCAAACUGCUGGAUUUUCGGGGAGAAGCGACGCGGAAACCUUUAAGAGAAUCCGAAUCCUCGGUCUCCUGGUCGGUUUUCCGGGGAGUUUUGGAGUGAUGUGCACCCAGACGAAGGCUGCGGCUGUCAUGGCCAACAUCCCGCAGGCAGACAUCGAUCCGUCCGGAGUGUUUAAAUACGUCCUGAUCAGAGUUCACAGCCGGGAGGAGGGAGAUGACUCGGAGGUGGAUAUAGUCCGAGGAUUCGGCUGGGCUGAAUACCACGCUGAUAUCUAUGAGAAGGUUUCGGAGGAGCUGGAGAGAGGAGGUCUCCUGGACUGCGAGUGUAUCGGAGGAGGUAGGAUCAAACAUGACGCCCAGGCCAAGAAGAUCCACGUGUACGGAUACUCCAUGGGAUUUGGAAGAGCGAACCAUGCAGUGACCACAGAGAAACUGAAAGCUCGGUACCCGGACUAUGAGGUGACCUGGGACAAUGAAGGCUACUGAGACAAACUGGAGCUGGAUUCUCAUUCUGGACUGACCCUGAAAUGUCCUGAAGCUCCUCAUUAGCUAUCAGAACAUAUCUUUAUGUUCUUCCCUUUUUGUUUCUUCUUUUUUUUUUUACACACAACUAAAACAAAAUCCCACCUAUCGUAGUGUAACUUAUUAUUCACAAUUGUGAUAUCUCAUUUAGAACCAUAUGGACUGGAAUAGUUUUGCAGAUAAAAAGUCACUCUGACUUGUUUUAGAGUCUCAUUGCCUCAAAGGUUUAACCCARUAACCAAAACAUGUUGUAAAGUGAGUCCUAUGUGUAAAUAUAAAUAUUCCCRAAAAUCAUA